CGUCUCAGACGCUUCAUUCUCCACUUCUGCACCAACGAGUUAACAAACGUUUGUGAACAUCCACGUACAAUAUUGUUGUAUUGACCCAUUUUUAUUGAGCAUUUAUUUGCUAAUUUCCGUGUUUAUUCAGUUGAUUGAUUUGCAACUGAAGCCUCUGAGGUCAUGCUGUCCUGCAGCAGAUGUCACUGUGUUUUGCUGUUACAGCUGCUGACAGUCAUAGCAGGCUCUUUUCCUACAGUAAAGGUGAAUCUUCAUGAUGCUGCUACUCUCCCCUGCACUCAGACGUGUUCUGGUCUGCUCACAUGGACUUUAUAUCAUAUACUACAUUAUAUUCUGGCUCAGUGUAAGCAAACAUCCUGCCAGUCAGAGGAGAGAUUUCACAUGUCCCAUGAUCAGUACCUAAAGGGAGCUCCUCACCAUCACUGAUGCUGAUUACACUAAGAGGACCUGGUACACCUGCACCUGUAGAGGUCAAGACAUCUGUGAUGUAAGUCUGCGGAUAGAGGUGGACAGAUCUGCACAGUGGCUGGACACUCACUGAAGUGUAAACCUGAAUACACUCGGAGAGUGUCGCUCAUCUCUGCUGUGGAGCUGAGAGGAACCACACCAUCUGAUAGUGGAGUUUACAGCAUCAGAGACACUAAGCAUGAAGAGAUUAUUCAGACAUACACAGUUACUGUGGAAGACGUCCAGCCACGUCCAGAUCAGAGCUCCACAGUGACGGUGUUGACGGUGCUCCUGGCUCUGACGGGGGCGGGGCUUGUGGCAGCAGUGCUGGUAAUUGUGCAGCUGAGGAAAAAAAUUCAGGAGCUCUAGAAAGGAAGUACAGUGAAUGGAACAGUAACCAUGACAACAGAGGAGUUAAUAUGAAUGGACUAAACCACUCAGAUGAAGAGCAAAGGAAGUCUGCGUCCUGCCCCGUGACCUGCGGCACUCGGGCCAGCUUCGUUACAGAAUGACCAACCACCACAGGACACCUACUUCCCCAUCACGAAAUGGACUUGCUAGUGGACGGUGCUUAGGCAUGUCCCAACCUGCAGCCUGGAUCCCAGGAGAUUGGGGAGAGUACCGUGACCUGUAACGAAGCUGAGAGGAGACGCGAGUAGGCGCUUGUUGUGGCGCUUCGGCUCCUCUCCAUAUGAGUCAUGGACUUUCAUGCUGUCCUGCAGCAGAUGUCACUGUGUUUUUGCUGUUACAGCUGCUGACAGUCAUAGCUGGCUCUUUUCCUUCAGUAAAGGUGAAUCUUCAUGAGGCUACUACUCUCCCCUGCACUCAGACAUGUUCUGGUCUGGUCACAUGGACUUUAUAUCAUAAACCACAUGACAUACUGGCUCAGUGUAACCAGACAUCUUGCCAGUCAGAGGAGGGAUUUCACAUGUCCCAUGAUCAGUACCUGAAGGGAGAUCUCUCCCUCACCAUCACUGAUGCUGAUUACACUAAGAGGUCCUUGUACACCUGCGCCUGUAAAGGUCGAGAGCUCUGUGAUGUGAGUCUGCAGAUAGAGGCCUGUAAUUCUUCAAUUCAGAUUAAGCCUGGUGAACCUCUGGUGCUGGAUUUGCUCAUAUCAGAGUCAGUGGAGGUGAUUUAUAACAGCACAGAUGCAGCUGCUCCCUCUAGUGGACAGAUCUGCACAGUGGCUGGACACUCACUGAAGUGUAAACCUGAAUACACUCGGAGAGUGUCGCUCAUCUCUGCUGUGGAGCUGCAAGGAACCACACCAUCUGAUAGUGGAGUUUACAGCAUCAGAGACACUAAGCAUGAAGAGAUUAUACAGACAUGCACAGUUACUGUGGAAGAAGUCCAGCCAUGUCCCAAUCAGAGCUCCACAGUGACGGUGUUGACGGUGCUCCUGGCUCUGACGGGGGCGGGGCUUGUGGCAGCAGUGCUGGUGAUUGUGCAGCUGAGGAAAAAAAUUCAGGAGCUCCAGAAAGGAAGUACAGUGAAUGGAACAGUAGCCAUGACAACAGAGGAGUUAAUAUGAAUGGACUAAACCACUCAGAUGAAGAGCAGAGGUGAUCUCCCAGUAAUAACCAUGAGAAAGUCUGAGAGAAGAUAAAUGACUUCGCUCUCUUAUACACACACUCACACACACACACACACACACACAUAUGUACCCACACUGCCUUUCUCUGUACCAUUCAGGGGUUAAAGAUCAAUGUAUGUUCAGUCAUACAUGAUCAGAGUUUUAUGACGUUAGCACUCCUGAACUCACCUGGUAGAGCAGGUACAGUAAGAUACAUCUCCAGAAUCAUGGGUUUGAUCCUCAGAGAGCACACAUGAUGUCAUACUGAUAAACAUACAUCAGUCACUAUAAGAGCAUCUGCCCAGUACUGUAAAUGUAAUGUAAAAAUGUAAUAUAAAGCUGUUUAUGUAAAUAUUACUAUGAGAUCCUGUGAUGUAAUUUAAUGCACAUAUAAAUACUUUUGUGUCAAGUCGUGGAAAAACAGGUAUUUUUUUUCUGUAGCAUCUUUUACAUUUUAGUUGCCUUUUAUUUAAGAGUCUCCCCUUAUUGUCCAGGUUAUAUUUUCAAGAGUUCUCUUGUGGUCUUGGUGAUUAUGGUCAGUUGUUGUGGUUGGUUUUCCCAAUGCUGUAAUGCUGCAUUAAUUUCAAAGCAUUCUGCUCAAUAAGUAGCUAAGGUUUGCCUGCCCAGGUAAAGCAAUCUCCAAUAUUAAGUAAAUCAGACAUGUAUUAUGGAAACAGGCCUGCUUCAUGUCAUUUGGUUUUGAGCAAGGUUGACAGACCCUGUGGUGUUUACUGUUUUUAUCAGCUGGCUAUUAUUAAAUGAAGUAAUUAAGUGAAGUAAUCUGUCUAAGGGCAAGAUCAGUUCACUAGAGUUAGAGCCGGGAUGCAUAUAGAUAACAAGAUGAAUCAACAGGCAUUAAGUAACUAGAAAGUAAAGACUGUAAACAGUGAGUUGUAUUAGAAUCAGUAGAGUUGUCAUUAAGUGCAGAUAUGUGCUUAACUACGUUUAUUUUAUGAGUGUAAUAAGCUGAACAUUUGACAAGUUUCAUGCUUGUACCUUUAAACCUUUAAGGAUCAGUAUCAAAAUAAAUGGUUCCAAAGGGAGGAUGAAGGCAUUAAUGAAAGGAGAGGAGAGAAGGAGUACAGAGACUGGUGCUGCUGGUAUAAUAUGUAGUUUGGAUGUCACGGAACGUUCGACUCCCGCGAGUCAUGUGGUUUGGCCCGCCAUGUGCAGUGGGAGGAUCCUCAUUUGUGGCCACACCUGCACCUCAUUUGUUUAUAUGUAUUUAAACCCUCGUCAUAGUGUGCAAGAUCGUUGGUCAUUGUGGAUGUAAUGUCUUAAUGUCAUGGUUAAUGUUCUUGUCAUCGUUAAACGUAUGCGUGUUUGUGCUUGUUUCAUGUAAAAUUUUGCUCAUGAAUAUUAAUGAGGUGUUUCUGCUCUGUGCCUCUGUAAAUCCAACUGCUUCUCUUGCAGUGCCUUAUGGGUAAAAACCUGCCAUGUGUUUUUAUCUCAGACAUAUAAGAUGUAAUGCGUUUAUUUUAUGGAACUUUUUGUUUAAAUGUAUUACUGUAUUUUGAUGCCUGAUGCAUUGUUACCAAAAUACAAUCU